AUGGCAAAGAAAAAAAAACAAAUACAUUUAAAUAUAAUUGAUUUUCAAAAAUAUUACCAGAAAGAUGAAUUAACAAUAGAACCCAAAUUUCCUGAACCCAAGAGAGCAGAAGAAAAAAGAAAAAAGAUUUUCGAACAAAAUGAAUUUGUACAGAACAUUGAAUGGAGGACUUUAGAUGAAGAAGGAAAAAACAAUCAACAUAAUCAAAAUGUAAAUGGGAGGGAAGAAAACAGAAAUAAAAAUAAACAAGAAGGAAAUGAUGUCGACUUCUCCAAUGUUAGAAACAAGAAAGAAAAUGAUGUCGACUUCUCCAAUGUUAGAAACAAGAAAGAAAAUGAUGUCGACUUCUCCAUUGUUAGAAACAAGAAAGAAAAUGAUGUCGACUUCUCCAAUGUUAGAACCCCGCAAAAUAAGGACAUAGAUUUCUCAAAUGUUAGAGGUAGGAGAGAAGACGAUAUCGACUUUGCAAACCUUAGAAUUCAGAAGAAGGAAAAUGAUGUCAACUUCUCCAAUGUUAGAAGUAAGAGAGAAGAUGACGUGGACUUCUCCAAUGUUAGAAGUAAGAGAGAAGAUGACGUGGACUUCUCCAAUGUUAGAAGUAAGAGAGAAGAUGACGUGGACUUCUCCAAUGUUAGAAGUAAGAGGGAAAACGAUCUCGACUUUGCAAACCUUAGAACCCAGAAAAAGGAUGACUUAGACUUCUCCAAUGUUAGAAGCAAGAGAGACAACCAAAUUAACUUUUCCAAUUUAAGAACGCAAAAUAAUAUCGACGAAGCAAUAAAAGAAAAGUCGACAGCUAGCGAAAAGCCAUACUACCUUAGACGAUUAGAAGAACUGAGGAAAAAAAAAAAUAUGCAAGGAAAGGCUAAGGAGGAUUCUGCUGCAGGUCGCUUGAACGGCGACGCGAAAGAAACAGAAGCAAAAGAAGCAGAAGUGAAAGAAACAGAAGUGAAAGAUGAAGAAGCAAAAGAAGCAGGAGCAAAGGCUGCAAAGGAAGAAGAAGCAAAAGCUGCAAAGGAAGAAGAAGCAAAGGUUGCAAAGGAAGAAGAAGCAAAAGCUGCAAAGGAAGAAGAAGCAAAGGCUGCAAAGGAAGAAGAAGCAAAAGCUGCAAAGGAAGAAGAAGCAAAGGCUGCAAAGGAAGAAGAAGCAAAAGCCGCAAAGGAGGGGGAAGGAGGAGCGAAAAAGAAAUUCGUGCCUAAGAGAGUAAUUAUGUAUCAACAGGAGCUGAAGGAGAAAGAAGAAAGGAAUUUGAGAAUGCUGGAAGAACAAAAAAAACAGAGAGAGUUGAAGCUACAACUUCUUAAAAAUGCAAAUCAAGGAUCGUCAACUUUUAUACCCACAGCAAAAUUGCUGUAUAUGCAAGCGCAAAAAGAGGGAAAUCAAAAUGAAGUAAAACAUGAUGAAGCAUUAAUGGAUGGAAAAAAAGAAGAUGCAAAAGGAAAGAUUCCAAAAUUAGAGACAACAAGAGGAGGUUCUACCCCACAAAUAGGUUCAACUAAUGAAGUUAGAAAGAGUGCCACUCUACUAAAGAAAAGAAAUAAUGUAGAACAUAAUAAAAGUACAAAAAGCAUUUUCGAAGAAAUUGCAGAAAAAACAGAAAAUGCUAAAAUUGUAGAAAAAUUGGAUAUUGAAGAAAUUGCAAAGAAAAGACGAGAAGAAUUAUAUAAAAAACAGUUAGAAAAAAUAACAAAAAAAAAUGAAGAAAAUGAAAAAUAUAACAGUGUAUAUAAACACGAUUUAAAUAAUAUUAAAACUUUUUAUUUACAAAUAAAAGACAAAAUUGUAGAAAAUCACUUUUUCAGUCAAGAGGAAUCCAUACAAUUAUGUUCCUCCCUCAAAACAGACCAAUGCAAUUAUAUGGAAAGCCACGUACCAAUAUUCGUCGCAAUAGUUAUUUUUAUUUUAAGUCUACCCCAAAAUUGUGCAGAUGAAGUAUAUUUGGAGAGGGCGAUGAAUUUGAAGAAUUUGUUUCUUCACCUGAAACAGAAUAGCAAAGUGGACAACCAUGAUGAGUAUAUUUUAAAUGAUGUAGUAAAAAUAUGUGAUGAAUUGAAGUAUCCGCACUUAUCUGACGAAACAUCAUUAGUUGAAGCCGCUUUCGACUCUUUGCUUUUUUCAAGAAUUAUUCCAAAGGAUUCAUUUAUAAAGUGGUUUGAAGAAGACAAUCCUGACUCUGAGUUGAAAAGCAAAGCUAUGCUACAGUUAAUCUAUUGGCACAAAUGGCUAACUGAAAAUGAACCAGAGGAUAUAGACGACGCUGAAGAACUCGAACCUGAAUAUGAAGAACAGCAGGAUAAGGAAAUUAAUAAUGAGGAAGACAUUCAGGAGAACCUUCCCAAGAGUUAUCUUUUUAAAAAAAUAAAGAAAAAGAUCUUUUAG